GAGAGAGAGAGAGAGAGAGAGAGAGAGAGAGAGAGAGAGAGAGAGAGUGAGAGUCCGAGUCCAGAUUUGGGAUCAGUAGAGGGAUUUAACGCGAAUGAAAAUGCAGGGAAAUCGCUACAGCGGCCCGCCAGCAUCCGUGAUGAGGAUUUGAGCUCCGCCGCCGCUGCUGCCAUCAGCCCGGAGAGGAUGGCUUUCCAUGGAUCCACUCGGCCGACAGUGUGUGGUAACUUGUUCCCUGGAUCAGAGUUAGGCCACAAGUUUUUUUGUGUCAACGCCACGACUGGUACUACAUCAAUGAGCCUCAGUGCAACGCCAAACCCGACUGGACCCAGCGCACCUGCUGGGACUCCCAGGCACCCCGCAUCUCUCGGGGGCAGUGCAGGUGGAGGUGCGGCCAUCCCACAACCUCACAGUAACCCGGCAAGUGAGGUUCCAAGUCCAGCUGAAAUGGAGCCUGAUCGACCUAUCGGUUAUGGUGCAUUUGGAGUGGUCUGGUCUGUAACGGACCCUCGGGAUGGGCGCAAGGUGGCUCUGAAGAAAAUGCCCAAUGUCUUCCAGAACCUGGUGUCCUGCAAGCGUGUGUUCAGGGAACUCCGGAUGCUGUGUUUCUUUAAACAUGACAACGUGCUGUCUGCCCUUGACAUCCUCCAGCCUCCACAGAUUGACUGCUUUGAAGAGAUAUAUGUGAUCACUGAGCUCAUGCAGAGUGACCUGCAUAAAGUCAUUGUUUCCCCUCAGCCUCUCACCACUGAUCACAUAAAGGUGUUCCUCUACCAGAUACUUAGGGGACUUAAGUACCUGCACUCUGCAGGCAUUUUGCACAGGGACAUCAAACCAGGGAACCUGCUGGUCAACAGCAACUGUCUGCUUAAGAUUUGUGACUUUGGUCUGGCACGAGUGGAGGAACCAGACCCAAAUCGUCACAUGACCCAGGAGGUGGUGACGCAGUAUUACCGUGCUCCGGAGGUUCUGAUGGGAUGCCAGCAUUAUAGUUCAGCUAUAGACGUCUGGUCUGUGGGCUGUAUUUUCGCCGAGUUGCUAGGCCGACGCAUUCUAUUUCAGGCUCAGAGCCCCAUACAACAGUUGGAUCUGAUCACUGAUCUCCUUGGGACUCCUCCACUUUCUGCCAUGGCAUCUGCAUGUGAAGGAGCUCGGGCACACAUUCUUAGAGGACCCCACAAACCACCCUCACUAUCUGUUCUAUACAUGCUGUCAGAUGGAGCAACACAUGAAGCAGUUCAUCUGCUGUGCCGCAUGCUAGUGUUUGAUCCGGCCAAGCGGAUCUCAGGCAGUGAUGCUCUGUCUCACCCGUACUUGGACGAGGGUCGUCUGAGGUACCACACCUGCAUGUGUAAGUGCUGUUACUCGGUUCCCAGCGGGAGGGUGUACACCAGAGACUUUGAGCCGCCUGCAGAUCGACCUUUCAGCCACAACUAUGAACAGAGCAUGCACUCUGUAUGGCAGGGCAAAGAACUCAUCCAUCGUUUUAUAACAGAGCACCAGCAAGGCAAACGAGUGCCUUUGUGCAUCAAUCCUCAGAGUGCAGCCUUCAAAACAUUUAUUAGAUCCACAGCAUGGCAUUCCUCAAAAGUAUCAAGAAAAGAAGAGAGAUGAGAAGGAUUUUGAAGGGAAUCUGGGAAACAUGGAUCACAGGAGCAGGCUUGUAUUGGAGAAGAUUGAAGAUGGUUCUUGAUGGAUCACAUCCUUUUGAAUGAAUUCUCAGCACUCUUUCCAAGUCAACAUGGGGAUUUCUCCAAAAACAUAUUUUCAGUCCAGUUCCAUUUUCACAACACUGACUAAUAAUGCUUCUGAUGCUGCUGAGAACAUUUUUAACCCGACUGUGUGGUUGAAGAUUACGGAAAAUUGAAUUUUCCAUGGAAAAAAAUCUCAUGGAUUGUAAAAUAUUGACUGAAUGCACCAACAUUAAUGUUGUGCAAUACAGAUAUAUGGAAUAAUGCAACUGACAAGACUGCGCUGACGAUGAUUUCAAUGCGCUGUGUCACAGAUGAGAUGACGGUGUCUACAAGCCCAUUGCAUCGCCCCAGUGGCCAUCUACAUGUAUAUCCAAACUUUGUCUAUAGACUUUAAUCACUGUGUUCCGUUUGCGGGUUCUUAGGUUUUAUUCUUAAUAUUCUGGUAACCAAAAGUUCCUAAGACUUCUUUGUUACUGCUUCCUCAUACAGUUUAUGCAUUCCCUGCUUUCUGUUUAACAUCACUCAAAUUUUCUACAAAAAUACUUUCAUACCGUUAUUAUAUAUAUAUAUAUAUAUAUAUAAUUUUUCUUUUGAGUUUUACGUUUUUUUUUUUUCUUGCAGAUUUUGUUCUAACUUCAACACUUCUUGUAAAGAACAUAGCAUCCUUUGUGCAAAUGAUCUUUUGAGCAAAGCAUUAGUUUUAGAGUUGUAUUCGAAUGCUGUAUAUGGUUGAUGGUGUCUCAUGUUCGAAUGGAUAUCCCUCUCUAUUCUUUAUCUGUGGAAUACAAGAUUGUAAUUUACAACCCCCUUUUUAGGACCAAACGAGAUUGACACAAGUAUCCUGAUCUCUGAUUGGCUGAGACUUUGUAGGCGGAGAAGAUACACUCAUUUUCUGGUUGAAUUGUAUUUAUUUUCUCUCUUUAAUUUAUUGUUGUCUUGUCCAAAUUGUUUGGUGUUUGUGUUAGGCAGACCAGGUGUGGGGAGGCAUGAGUGAGCCAUGUGGUCUGUGUGUGUUCUUGAAAAAAACCGUGUGGUUUCGGAGAGUAGGGGAUGUGCAGUGUUGUACUUUGAAAUAAUCGAUUACCUCAACAGGCCUGCGGUUCACUGGGCUGGUGUGUAUAGACUGAACCCAAUCAUUUAAAAGAAAUGUACUGUAAUGCAGUCGUUAACAUCAGAACCACUCUGAACAACAAUCUCUCUCUUUCUCUUCACUCUUUCUCCUUGUAUCUGGAUCAGUCUACAUUUCUCUCCUUUAGAGUGAGAUAUUGUUGGGACAGUGGCUGAUGGGUGAGUUUUAGAAAGUUGUUGGGAAAAUGCUGCUGUUUGUUUGUCUAAUACCUCCAAAACCUCCCCAACACAUGUCUAGAGCUCAGGUUUCAUAUAGCUUAGGUUUCAUAUAGCUUAAUAUGGACUAGACUGUAGACAGACAAGACAUGUGUCCAUGAGGACUUCCUGUAUACAGACAGUCGCUGGUGCUCUUGUGUUUAUUGCAGACAGUGCAAUAAAAAAUAAAAAAAUAAAAAAACGCCCAGUACUGUAAAUGCUUGCCUCUUACCACUAGGUGUCAGCAAAGGCACAGUGCACGACUUGGUGUAUCAAGGGUGAUCCUCAUCAACAAUGUCUCUCCAAAUGUAUCUUCAAUGCAUGCGUUUAGGACUUCAUUUGGAUUUGCAAUUGCAGUGCAUUAGGAGUUUUAUUUUAGAAACUUUAAAUGUGCUGUUGCUAUUUAAUUUUAUUCUAGUAACACAUUUGGUUCUUCUGAACACAUUUUUUUUUUUCAUGUAUUGUGACCAAUUUUAGGUUUUGGUUUUAAUUUUAAGUUGUUGUUUUAUUACCACUUUUGCUAUUGUGUUGGUAGAAAAAUAAAUAAAUAUCAGAAUAGUGACAGAGGAAUGAAUAUCAAUGGGUUUAGUAUUUUUAGUCUUACCGACUGCCAAGCAGAAAGUGAACAUUUUAAGUAAAUGGUGAAUUCCUUUAGUCGUAAGAUUAUAGAUGUUAGACAUUUUUAAGAUGAAGCUGAAAACUUGAUAUUCGUGUUAAUGACUAUUAUGGCUUUGAUAAUAUGAUUGAACAGUUGUUUUAGGAUAGUUAUCAUUGUUAACUGUUUUAUUAUAUAUAUAUAUAUAUAUAUAUAUAUA